UUAUUGUACUUUCUUGCGAAGCGAAUUGAAUAAUAUUUUUUCUAAUUUAAAAAUGUAAUUCUGAAUGAAAAUAAGUUAUUAACAAAAUGGAACAUGAGAUGGUCUGUCGAGGCUGUCUCGGGGUGGAGAGAAAGUUUGUUUACAUGCAUGAAUAUGGAGCCGCCCAGGCUUAUGAAAGUCUGUUAGGAAUUCAGGUGUCGACAUCAGACGGCUUCCCCCAACAGCUCUGCUCGUUCUGCGUUCGCUCGCUACACCGGUUCGCGGAGUUCCGGGCGAGGUGUCUCAAGGCGGUUGAGUUGUUGGCUCAGGCUCGGAACGAGGGGAGAGUGGUGACCAAAGAAUACGCCAUCUCAAUCACAUCGACUUACCCAGAAUUGACUCCGCAGUACACGAGCACACAAACAGUGACUCUAGAACUCCUGACUCCAGGCCUGAAGCAAGAAGAUGACACGCUACACUUCGUGGAUCUACCGAACACGUUGCAAGUUGAAAAAGAAGAAAUAAUAAGUGAUAAUGAAAUUAAUGACGUACCUGACGCGUCUGAGACGAAAAACGAAAGCGAAGAUUUGAAAUUGGAGCCGUGCGAAGUAUUCGUCAAUGAUUUCAGUGAGCUGUUUAAAGAAAAGACUAAGAAGAGAAUAAAAAAUGAAAACAAAAGAGAGAGAAAGAAGAAACGCGUUGUGAAUAAAGUGAAAAAACGUAACAGCAAAAGUAAUUGUAACAAAACUGACAAACAAAUAGUUACAGAUUACGCAAAGUCGGCGGGUUUCGAUAUAAAAUUUCUGAGUCACGAGGAACAAAUAAAAGAGGUUCAGGAGAAGUUGACGGAGAACGUCGCUAGCGGACAUAACUGCGAGCGGUGCGGGAAACAUUUCGACGCCAAAAAAGCUUUAGAGAGGCACACUAAAUAUUACCACACCCCGACAUCGGGCAGUUUCACUUGCGACAUUUGCACGUGCAUUUUUUCAAACAAGCGAACUCUGAGGUCUCACAUGACGAGCCACGGCUGGAUAUUUACAUGCCAAGCGUGUAAUUUCAGGACCAAGCAGAGGACAGUUUUGAGGAAACACCAGAAUUUCCACGAAGGGAAGCGAUUCAGCUGUAAAUAUUGCGGCAUGGAGUUCAGUAAGACGACGAGUUAUUUCUCUCAUGUCAGACUGAAGCAUGCAUCGGAACUUUCGUGGUGUGAUUUGUGCGGUGAAUUCUUCAUCAGUGAGAAAGGUGUGGUGAAUCACAAGAAGCUAACGCAUAAUGUGCUCGAGGAGUUUCCGCGGGUGUGCGAGAAGUGCGACAUGAGGUUCAAGAGCGAGACGGCGUUGCAGAGGCAUUUGGAUGUUGAAGGUUGCAAGAGCCCUAGCUGCGUGCAAUGCGGCGACUCGUUCCCCGACAGCCACCUGCUGAAGUACCACCUCGUGCAGCGGCACUUUGCCGACGCCGCGCCGGAGAACCACGACUGUGCCGGGUGUCGCACGAGAUUCUACACAGAGAGUCACAGAAAGUACCCGCGCGUGCCGACCGCCAUCCGCAAGUGGCGCGUGGUGGGCGAGCGCGGGCUGGUGAUGGAGCGCGACGAGCCGCCGGCGCGCCGCGACAAGAUGGCCGCCAUGUGCGAGCGCUGCGGGAAGGAGUGCAAGAACGCCACAGAGCUGAGAGUGCACCAGGUGCGCUUCCACACCGCGCAGAGCCUGUUCUCGUGCGCGCACUGCAGCAAGGGGUUCAAGCAGAAGGCGCAGCUGCAGAUGCACGAGCGUGUCCACACGGGCGAGAGGCCGUACAAGUGUCCGGACUGUCCGAAAGCGUUCAAGACUUACCAGGCUUACUCGAGGCAUUACUUGAUCCACUCCGGGCUCCGCACACACGUGUGCCAACUCUGCGAGAAGUGUUUCCAGACGUCCACCGCCACCAAGAUGCACAUCAAGACUGUGCACAUGAAGAUGGCCGCGCCGCCCAGGGUCAGGAACAGGAAGCACUGAUUGGCGGAAUG